CGACCGACAACCAGGAUUCAAACCGCCGCCGAUAUGCGCUACCUACACGAUCUGAAUGUCCAAAUAUCGCAGAACCGUCGAUCCCACUCCGUUACCAAGCAAAUGGACAGGGAUCUGUGCAACCAGCACUUCGACACCUUCGAAACGUUCUGGGGAAGACCAGGACACGGGGCCCGCGGCGAUAAGAUCAACAAACUGAAACUGGACAAUCUGCUCUAUGGCGCCAGCGAGUCGGCCUAAGGUCAAGGAUACCCGGAUGGUCAAGGAC